AUGAAGGAAGCUAGAAGGAAGGAUAAGAAAGGUAUGAAGGAUAAGGAUGUAGCAUUUUGCAUAAUGGAGUAUCAAAAAGUUAGUGGACCAUUGCGUGACACGAUUCCUGAAAUUUUCAAUCAUCUGGAACCAUUGUAUGAAAGCAUCCGGAAGCAACACCCUCUAGUGUUUGAGGGGAGUGCUGAUCCAUGGAAGGAAGAGCAAUGGAUGAGCAUGAUGGGGUCAAUUCUGGACUUCAUGCAAGUUGAAGGAGAUGACAGGGUAACCUGUGCAACUCACAUGGUGAGGGAUGAUGCAAGAAUCUGGUGGGAAGUGAUCUCCCAAGAAAAAGACGUUACUGCAAUGACUUGGGCAGAAUUUCUGCAAGCUUUUAGUGACAAAUACUACAAUGUUGCAGUACAGGCGUCAACGGUGGAUGAGUUUGCCACCUUGACUCAAGGGAAUAUGAUAGUGAUAGAGUAUGCACUAAAGUUUGACAAACUUGCCAAGUUCGCAGAAGAUUUAGUGCCAACCAAUGCAACUAGAGCAGACCAGUUUGUUCGAGGCUUAAAGCCUAUGAUAGCCAGAGAUGUGGAGAUUGUAUCAGUAGGGGACAACAGACAUAUGCCCAAGUUCUAG